AUGGAGACCAUUUGCGAUUUUUGCGAAAAAGGCCGAGCCACUGUCUAUUGCAAAGCGGAUUCCGCUUGGCUCUGCCUCUCGUGCGACCGAGUAGUUCAUUCUGCGAAUAAUCUCUCCCUUCGCCACCAUCGCACGCUGCUUUGCGACGGAUGCAACGCGGAGCCAGCCUCUGUGCGAUGCCGGGACGAAAACCUUUCUCUCUGCCCGGAUUGUGACCUCGCGUCUCACAACGCAAAUCCGUCCGGCGCGAACCACAGCCGUCACGUGUUUGAAUGUUUCACGGGCUGCCCGUCUGCAGCGGACCUGGCGAAGCUAUGGGGUUGCGACAUGGCUCAACCGCCUCCACUCCUCGAAGUGCAAAAAGCCCAACCCGCCUCCUCCACUUCCACCGCCGGCGGUGGCGCCUUAACUUCCGCUCACGCCUUUCUCGCCGCGCUGGAUCCCGACACCUCUCCUCAGCCGGCGGAACCUAAAAAACCUACCCCGGGUUUCCUCUUCCGUCCCGCCCUCAUUCCCACCCUCGCCGUCUCCUCCCCUGCGCUCGUUAUGCUCCAGGGAAUGAAAGCAGCAGCUCCUUGGAACAGCCAGUACCCUGCAGCAUCUCCCAUGACUGCUGCCUCUCCCAUGCUCGCCGUACCUGGCGCGUUCCCCUUCCGGCCGCAAUCAGCGGCGCCGCAGUCGCCGGAGCAGCUGCUCAGCCAAGGCUCAGGCCCGAGGCUAGGUCCGGGCCCAGGUCGGGGUCCCCCCGCCCUAACCGCUUCCGCAAUGACCGCCCCUAUUCCCGCUCGCCCUGCUGCCACUCCCGGCCAUCCUGCCAACUCUGCCGCCACUGCCCCCUCCCCUGCUCCCUCUGCCUCGGCUUUGGCGCCAGUCAUCUCUGCACCGACCGCCCCUGCUGCGUCACUGCCGGCAGCGUCGCAGAACAGGCAGUUUAUCCGAUCCUACUCUCUCCACACAGACGCCCAGUCCCCGGUGUUCCCACGCGUGGUUAGAGCGCCCACUCGCGGCAACACGAAUCACACCGGCGCUCCUUCUGCUGCCGCUGUUGCUGCCCUCUCCGACCGCGACCUGAAUUUCCACCUGAGCCAGAUGGCCAAUCGGAGGAUCGCCCAGGAGAUCGCGCAGUCCAGGCGGACAGGAGGAGCGGGGGAAGCAGGAGGAGUGAGCACCGCAGGCGGGGUGGGCCGAGGGGGUGUAGGCUCCCCGAUGGUUCUCGAGGCGUCACAGAAAGGCAGCAGAGGGGGGAUGACCGCUGGGGGGGUGACCCCUGGGGGGGGGAUGGGCAGAUUGGGGGGAUCCAGGGUAGGGAGGAAGCGGAGCUUCGGAGUAGAACCAGCGGAUUUCCCCAUGGGGACGCCGAGCUUGGAGGCUGGUGUCAGGAGUGAGAGCGCUGCUGGCGGCAGGAGUCACAGCACUGCUGGUGCCGAGCUCUGCGAUGGCAGCGGUAAUGGGUACGAGGUGGGGACUCCGUCCCGCGCUGCUGCGCCUGGAGUAGCUGAGGAGAAGUUUUCUGGAAAGCGGCAUGCCGGGGGGCUGACGUGUGCCAGCCGGGAGUCACUCCGCGUGGGCGGAGAGGGGCCAGAGGGGGUAUGCAGCGCGGGGCCUACAGGAGUAAUGGCUUGUUUUGAGAAUAAUCAGAAUGCGCGUGCGAAAGGAGGAGGUGGUGCGGGGCUGACAGGCGAGAUGGCGCAGACAGGCGAGUGCGGAGGUGUGGCAGGAGGGGCCGGGUGGGUUCGGCAGCAGCAGGAGACAAAGGAAGAGUUGAAGCAGGAGUUGCUGCAGGAGCUUCAUUCGCAGCGGAUACAGUUAACACGGGAGCAAAUGCAGCAGCUGAGUCAACGGCAGCAGAUGCUGCAGCCGCAGUCACAGUGUGGGGUGCAGGGGGAGCGAGCACCAGUGGAGCGAGCACAGGAGCCGCAGGACAUGGAUUUCCCCAUGCCGCUUCCCGGCUGUGAUGACAUUUUUUCACUCCCUGAUUCCGACUUUGGAGGAGUCUUCUGUGCUGCAUCUGGUGCUGGGGCUUACGCUGCUGGGGCGUAUGCUGCUGCUAAUGGGGCUGGGGCUGGGGCUGGGGCGGGGGGCGGGGGCGGGGCUUUCACUGCUGCGGGUGCGUUUGCGGGGUCCACUGGGUGCGGCAGUGCGGCAGCUGAUGCCUGA